GGCUGGACCCGGCUAGGAAUCGGCGUGCGCCGUUCUAGAACCCUGAAUGACAUGCCUUAGUGGGGGCACUCGAGAACACAAUGAAAUAGAUUACGGAGCAGCGUUGGAGAACACCAGACUGGGAGGGGAUUCCAGAACACCGGUGCCUCCCUGGCCUGAGAAGGGGAAGCUGGGAAGCCUGCAGGCUGGUAAGGACACUCGUGAGGUGGUAGCCAUAAAGUGCGUGGCCAAGAAGAGUCUGAACAAGGCAUCUGUGGAGAACCUCCUGACAGAGAUUGAGAUCCUCAAGGGCAUUCGACACCCCCACAUUGUACAGCUGAAAGACUUCCAGUGGGACAGCGACAACAUCUACCUCAUCAUGGAGUUCUGCGCAGGGGGUGACCUGUCUCGCUUCAUCCAUACCCGCAGGAUUCUGCCUGAGAGGGUGGCCCGUGUCUUCAUGCAGCAGUUGGCUAGUGCUCUGCAGUUCCUGCAUGAACGGAAUAUCUCUCACCUGGAUCUGAAGCCACAGAACAUUCUGCUGAGCUCCUUGGAGAAGCCCCACCUUAAACUGGCAGACUUCGGCUUCGCACAGCACAUGUCUCCCUGGGACGAGAAGCAUGUGCUCCGUGGCUCCCCGCUCUACAUGGCCCCCGAGAUGGUGUGUCAGCGGCAAUACGACGCUCGUGUGGACCUCUGGUCCGUGGGGGUCAUUCUGUACGAAGCCCUCUUCGGGCAGCCCCCCUUUGCCUCCAGGUCGUUCACGGAGCUGGAAGAGAAGAUCCGGAGCAACCGGGUUAUUGAGCUCCCUUUGCGGCCCCCACUCUCCCGAGACUGCCGGGACCUGCUGCAGCGGCUCCUAGAGCGGGACCCCAACCGUCGCAUCUCCUUCCAGGACUUCUUCGCCCACCCCUGGGUGGACCUAGAGCACAUGCCCAGUGGGGAGAGCCUGGCCCGAGCAACCGCCCUGGUGGUGCAGGCCGUGAAGAAGGACCAGGACGGGGACGCCGCGGCUGCUUUAUCUCUGUACUGCCAGGCGCUGGAUUUCUUCGUGCCCGCCCUGCACUAUGAGGUGGAUGCCCAGCGGAAGGAGGCAAUUAAAGCAAAGGUGGGGCAGUACGUGUCCCGGGCUGAGGAGCUCAAAGCCAUCGUCUCCUCCUCCAAUCAGGCCCUGCUGAGGCAGGGGACCUCUGCCCAAGACCUGCUCAGAGAGAUGGCCCGGGACAAACCUCGCCUCCUUGCUGCCCUGGAAGUGGCUUCGGCCGCCACAGCCAAGGAGGAGGAAGCCGGCGGGGAGCAGGCUGCCCUGGACCUGUACCAGCACGGCCUGGGAGAGUUGCUGGUGCUACUGGCAGCGGAGCCCCCAGGCCGGAGGCGGGAGCUGCUUCACACCGAGGUUCAGAACCUCAUGGCUCGAGCUGAGUACCUGAAGGAGCAGGUCAAGAUGAGGGAGUCUCGCUGGGCCGCUGAGACCCUGGACAAAGAGGGACUAUCAGAGUCUGUUCGUAGCUCAUGCACCCUGCAGUGACCCUGGAAGGAUGACUGGACAGACCCACAGCCACCCCUAAGUGGGGACACACUCCCCUAGACUGACGUCCAGAGUCCUGUGGCCCUCUGCAACGCUACGGAGCAGGCUUCCUGGAUGAGCAACUCUGAGACCCCCCACGUCCCAGGAUCCCCAGCCCCCCACAAGAUCCUCUGCACUUCUUAGACGGUCCGAUGGGCCUUGUCGGUGUUGAGAGCACCAGGCCUUGGCCCCUGAGGGAAGGGGAGCAGGACUCUGGGAGAAGUUUCAUUCGUGUGACUUUGGUUAUGUGGUGGUUGCUUGAUCCUGAGCCUGUCAAUUUCGGGGGCAUGAGGCCUCUGGUUUUGCUCUGAGAACAGGGCAGGGGGCCCCCUGCAGGACACUUCUGCUCUUGCCCCUUGCCCUGUCAGCAGGCAGCUGUGCCCUGUGCACCCCCGCCCCCCGCCGGGUCCUUCCUGGGAACCUUAUUGUGACUCACCUCCCUCCUUGCACUGAAACGGGGCACUCCAAGACCCCUCAGGGACCACCCACUGCACGGUGUACACUCAGACUCACAGAGCUCCCCAGUUUUCCUGGAGCUGGCCCUCGCCCACCCUCUCAAAAUUCUAAGAUAAUCCUUCAGACAUGAAAAUCAUGUACUCUUCAGGGGUGGGGCAAAUUUGAGAAAGCCAUGCCUUGUUCCUGCUCUGGCCCAAGGGGCACAAGGGGAGUGGUCUUCAGCUUUUGUCCAUCGCCCCCAUUGGCCCUGGAGCUGGUCCUGGCCUGGAGUGGGGAGGUUGGGGGCUGCCUGACCCAGCAGGCUGCAGAGGAGCCGGCAAUCAGGAGACCGGGCUCUAGGUCUGGCGUUGCAGCCACCCCAGUGUGUGACCCUGGGCAAGUCCCUUCCCCUUUCUGGGCCUGAUCUCCCCAGCUCUCCAAUGGGGCUGCUAAUACCUCCUCAGCUCCCCACAUGGGUUUUUAAGAGGACAAAGUGACUUUAAUCUGGAGAAGAAUGUACACAGUGGAGUCAUUUGGGGGCUCUUUUUAAAAAGUCCACAAGGGUGCUGGUGAUCUCUGACCUUUGUGCCCUUUAGUGUCUCCUUGGGACAAGAGGUGUAUUCCUUGCAGGAGGCUAGGUGUAAAGAAUGUAAUUCAUUGUUUCUCUAUUAAAUUAUUUUCUGAA